UCUCGCAUCUGCCCCGCCCCCUCCCCACCGUCACGCGGAAUGCAGGGUGCAACCCGCGAGCCUGGGGGGGAAUCUCGCCUUGAGCCUUGAAGCUUAGCGCGGGAAUUUAUGUAGGAGGGCUGGGUGAACAGAAGCAGCGCGUGACGUGACGUCACGGACCACUGCGCCAUCAGCUGAUCCCUGGUGGCGCGACGGUGAUGAUUGAGACUUCCGUUUUCGAUCGGGUGGGGGGGCAGAUGCGGCCAUCGUAGCACUACCCUGACGAGGGUGUCAUGCCCCUGAAAAUUAGCAUGAGCCACGGCUGUUGUAAUAAUAGUUGUUUUCAAUGGCUCCCCUAGCCGCCGGCUAGUGUCCCCUGAGAUAAGGCAGUUUGGGGGGAACUCCUUUACUUGUGCUACUCCCAGCUAGCUGAAGUACUCAAGGCAGCUGUUACAUUAACGAGCCAGAUAAAGGUUCCUUGUUCCCGGGCAUCCUUCCCAGUUCGGCGCUGGCCCUCGAGCUCACCCCGUCCCUGUGCUCCUCCCCCCAGUGCCCCGCCAAACCUCCCCUAUGCGUGUGUGCUUCGAAUCGCUGUGCUUCGCGUCGCAGCGGCCGAGGGACGAGGACGACGCCGAAGCAACGGGGCAGUCCCAGAGCCGGGCCCACAGCCGGGCCGGGGGCGCCCAGGCCGGCAGCGGGUCCCAGGGGCGCUCGCCCCCUCAGCAGCCCAAGCGGACGUCGGCCUUCGUCGUCGUGGACAGCAUGGGGUCGGUCCAGGAGCUGCAGGCGCUGCUCGCCGACAAGGAGGCGCGCAUCGCGGAGCUGGAGGCCGCGCUGCGCAAGCGCGACGACGACAUGGUGCAGCUGCGCUCGCACCUCGACAAGUUCCAGUCCGUGUUCCCCUACUCGUACACGCAGAUCAACAACAACCUGAGCGCGCCGUCGUCGCCCAGCGGCCCGCCCUCGCCCGCGGCCCCGGGGCUCACCACCCCCACGGGGCCGCGGCCGCGCAAGCAGCGCGCGCAGGGCAUCUCCGCCGAGCCGUGGAACGACGAGCUGGACCUGCAGGACUUCCCCACCAUCGAGAAGAGCGACAGGUGA